UUAUAAUACUUGAUAAAUAUAUGUGGAAACUUAUGUUGUUAUCUAGUUUGAUUAUUAUUGGUUAAUCUGCCCUUUAACCAUCAGUAUUGAAUUUUAUGUAAGGAUAUGCCUUCGGAGUGGGAAUGGGAGAUGAAGUUCCAGAGAUUAUGGAUUGUGUUUUGGAUGUAAUAUUAGUAAAGCCAUAAUGGGAUAUAAUAUUAAAAUAAUUCAAAUAAGGUGAUGCAAUUAAUAUUUGGAAUGGUUUGACUGAUAUAUUAUUUUCAUUUGAUCAAUUUGUUCAAUAAUGUGGAAACACAACGAUUGGGUUGAAUAAAAUUUAGAAACACAUAAGAAAAAUCUUUACUAGUUUAAAUAUUGGUUAUUAUUUAGCUCCAAGUUUGUUCAAAAAGAUGAUUGAUAAUAUGAGUAGAGAGAGUGAGAAAAUAUCAGAAUUAUCAUGUUAAUUUGUAGAAUUAAUGACGGAAUAAGAUACAUACUAAAGUGGCUAUGUAAUUGGAUAACUGGUUUCUAUAGUAAUUGAAAUUUGACAUUAUAGCUUGC